GGUAGCACGCACUGUAGUAGUUUUGCGGACAGACUGCGACUUUUUUUUUAAAAUAAACAAUAACAAUCAGAACAAAAAGUUAACGUGAAAUAAACUGUUGUUGAUGUGACGAUCCGGACGUGGAGCGUGAUUGUGACAGGAGUGCUCGAAUUGUGAUAAAGAAGAGCCGCUUAAUCUGGACGAGCCCUUAAGGGUAAAAGAUAGUGGAACGCAACUAGUGUGAUAGUGCGCUCGAAAAAGAGGUUCUUACGAUAGACAACUGAUCAACUGAUCGCUACUGAGAAUGCCACGAAGAAUAGGUACGCUUCCGACGGACGAAAGUUAAGUUUAAAGUGUUGUGAGAUCGAUUCUUUCAUAUUAUUCAGCUCCUGAACCGAUAAUUGGGUGUUAAAUUGGAAAUCUCAUGUUCGUUAACGGCAAUUUGAUUUGUUUCGAAUUCGAACGUGCAUUAAACGUGUGAUUUAUGCGACGGAUUAUGUUCGAAUGUUCAUGUUGCGGGUGUCCCAUUUCGUUUCGGCAAAAAGAGGAAUAAUGGUCGUAAAGAAACGGGAGCAACGAAGUUCCUGCUGCCGCUGCUGUUGCUGAGAGCCGGGGACGGCGGUUACUCACUCAGUCGCUCACUCACUCACUGGCCACGGUGAUUUUUCAUUUCAUCGCGGGGUAUUAACCCAAUCAUGAUGCCUCUUGCACCGACGCCAAUAGUACAAGUGCCUUCCAAGCCCAAGAUCGGUUUCUCGAUCGAUUCUAUAGUCGGUGGUGCCAACCACCCGAGUCCCCAGCAUUCGCCCAUCCACUUAUCCGAAAGUUCCGGACCUUUAUCUCCGUCGAGCGAUCGGAGCAACGUAUCGCCCCAUCGCCUGAACCAUCUUGCGUCGCCCAACGGCGGUCUGAACAGUUCGCUGUGCGGUUUAAACCUAUCCCCCAAAGGACUCAAUUUAUCCCCGCAAAACCAAGUCAAUUCCUCGCCAAACGGUAGUAGACUUAACAGUUCGCCCUUGCGGCCCAGUGUUUCGCCGUCCAGAUCGCCUCCGCCGUCGCCGAAACCGCCCAUAAUGGUACCCGGCAUCCCGGCGCAUUCGUUAAUACGACCGAGCCCAACCUACGACCCGAACUUGGUGCCCAAAAACGGGUUCCUGCAGCCGGAGAUGAUGCACAAUCAUGGCGGACACCCCUUUGCUUUGGCCGCUCAUUUUCAAGGGGCUGCGCUGGCAGCUGCUCUCAGCUCUGGCCAACCGGGAUUUGCACAGCAUUCACCCCUUUCAACGCACACACCCCCGAGGGAAAGUUAUCCCCUGUAUCCCUGGCUGUUGUCACGACACGGGAGAAUAUUCCCACACCGAUUUCCAGGGGGUCCCGACAUACCAGGAUUUCUUCUGCAACCAUUCCGGAAACCAAAGAGAAUACGAACGGCGUUUAGUCCUUCGCAAUUGUUAAAACUGGAGCACGCCUUUGAAAAGAACCAUUACGUUGUUGGGGCAGAAAGGAAACAACUGGCGCAGUCUUUAUCUCUUACAGAGACACAGGUGAAGGUGUGGUUCCAGAACCGCAGAACAAAACACAAACGGAUGCAACAGGAAGAAGAGGCCAAAACGAACCAGGGUGGCAACAAAUCGAACAGCAAUCAGAACAACAACCAGAACAACCAACAUCACGUAACGAAAUGGAAACAGGAAACGGGAGAGGACGGCCAAUACGGCGAGUACAUCGACAUGGAAAUGGACGAUGAGUGCGUCAGUGACGUCGAGAGCGAAACGUGAACAACAAAAAACGAAAUUCCUGUGACGCAAUCGCAAAUAAGUUAAAAAGCAAACACAAACAAGUAAAAUUCGAGUUAAUAUUUUAUGUGUCAAGUUUUUGUGCCAAAAUCUCGUGCCAAUUCCGUGAGACUGAUGAUAAAAAUGCAGCGCCGUCGGUAGAUGAACAAGACGAAGAAGAAGACGAUGAUAAGUCCCAGUGUGUAAUAUAUAGUCUUAAAACAAAAAGAAAUGAUGAAAGGAAGGUCGUAUAUAUAAUAGAGAUUUAUUUAUUUCUGUAAAUACCUAUGUAACUGAAUUGGAUGCAUGCGAAUGUACAGGGUGUCUCAAAAUUGUGUUGGUCUAACAACAAUUGAUCCAGUUUUAAUCCUAUUUAAAUUUUGAAAAAAUUGCCUAUUACAAGGCAUUUCCAGUGAUUGUAACAUCCGAACUGUAGAUAACAAAAUUUGACCAGUAUAAAUUUUUGUUAUUAUAAAUUUAAUAAUGAAAUUAAUUGAUGUUAGCAGAAUCUACUAAUUGGCUUAUAUUUUACACAAAAUUUUAAAAAUUUCGUUGAUAUAAUUAGCAAUUAAUUAUCAAAGCCAUUAUGAAAUUAAAUUAACGUAAAUUAAAACAGGUUAUAAAACGUUCAACGGGAUAAUAAAUUUUGAUUAUUUUUAAAAUAUUUAUGCAAUUUUCAAUUAACCAUAGAUUUGUAUAAAAUGAUCUACUUUUUGUUAUUCUUAAAAAGGGUCAAAAUUCCAAAUGCACUAAAGAGU